CGUUAUCUACACCUUUAACUCUAUUUCUGCUCAGAUUCGGCAACGAUUGCAUCUCUUUGCGACUUUUACUCAAAUCAUGCGAGAAUUUAUAGAAGCAAAUCGAGUGGAUUUUAUGUGCAUGUUCGAAACCCUAAAGGAUUUGUUGUUCCAUUAAAUUAUGAUUGACUCUUCGUUUGAUGAAGCUUCCCUGUUUAUCCUGGGUAUUUGAAGUUGAGCAAAAAUCAUCUUUUAGCGAAUGUAAAUCAUGGAAAAUUCCGAAAUUGAGGAGAAUCUGUUUGCACUUGGUGAACCAAAGCUACAUGGAGGAAUGUGCAAAACGCUCUCUUUGAUCUACGUCAAAGUAUUGAGCGUUUUCCCCGAACUAGAAGCAUCCCGUCCCCGAAGCACUUCAGGGAUUCAGGCAUUAUGUUCUUUACAUAUAGCAUUAGAGAAAACAAAAACCGUUCUUCAACAUUGCGCCGAAUGUAGCAAAAUUUACUUGGCUAUAACGGGAGACUCCGUUGUUUUAAAAUUUGAGAAGGCAAGAUCGGCUCUAGAAGAUGGUCUAAGGAGGGUUGAAGAUAUAGUUCCGCAAACUAUAGGCUGUCAGAUUUCUGAUAUUUUAGGUGAAUUAGAAGGAAUAGAGUUUUCACUCGAUCCGUUAGAAAAGCAAAUUGGCGAUGAGAUAAUCGGGCUACUUCAACAAGGUAGAAACUUUAGCAACAAUACCGACAAUAACGAAUUAGAAACGUUCCAUCAGGCUGCCUCUCGGCUCGGGAUUACUUCUUCACGAGCAGCUGUUCGAGAAAGACGGGCUCUCAAGAAACUCGUGGAAAAAGCUCGGAUUGAGGAAGAUAAAAGGAAAGAAUCCAUCGUAGCAUAUCUUUUACAUCUCAUGCGAAAAUACUCGAAGUUAUUUAGAAAUGAUUUCUCGGACGAUAACGAUUCACAGGGUUCGACACCGUGCUCGCCUACGAUACACGGAUCUUUCGAGGGUUACAGUGGAUCCGGAACCCAUGCUUUUGAGAGACAACUCUCGAAGCUCAACUCUUUUAACUUCAAACCGAACUUCAGGCGAUCCGGGCAGGUUCCUAUGCCGCCCGAAGAACUAAGGUGCCCGAUCUCGUUGCAGCUUAUGUACGAUCCGGUUAUAAUCGCAUCUGGACAGACGUACGAGAGAAUUUGUAUCGAAAAAUGGUUCAGCGAUGGGCACAACACCUGCCCGAAGACUCAGCAGCAGUUGGCUCAUCUCGGUUUGACUCCGAAUUACUGUGUGAAAGGAUUGGUUGCUAGCUGGUGUGAACAGAAUGGAGUAAUGGUACCCGAAGGACCGCCGGAGUCCCUCGAUCUCAACUACUGGCGGCUGUCGUUGUCGGAAAGCGAAUCGGUAAAUUCGAAACCAAUGGAAAGUAUCGGGUCGUUUAAGUACAAGGGGAUGAAGGUGGCGCCUUUGCCUUUGGAGGAGAGCGAUAUUAUUGAGGAGAUCGAAGGAGAUGAAGUGGAGGUUGCAUUCGAGCACGACGGUAAUGUGUUUGAGAGAUACGAUGGUUUCUUGAUGGUUUUGCACACCGAGGAGAAUCUGCGGAAAAAAUGUCGAGUUGUUGAGCAAAUCCGGCGUUUGCUAAAGGAUGAUGAAGAGGCUCGGAUCUAUAUGGGUGCGAAUGGUUUCAUUGAAGCGUUAUUGCGGUUUUUGGAGUCGGCUCUACAUGAACAAAACGAGUUUGCUCAAGAAAGCGGAUCCAUGGCGCUCUUCAAUCUCGCAGUCAAUAACAAUAGGAACAAAGAAACGAUGUUGGCAGCCGGGAUACUUUCGUUACUGGUGCAAAUGAUCGAAGGGUUGAAAUCGGUUGGUGCAGCCAUCGCCCUAUACCUGAACCUUUCGUGUUUAGAUCAAGCCAAAGCCGUCAUCGGUUCAAGCGAGGCGGUUCGUUUCCUAAUCGACGUCCUUCAAGGCACCUUCGAUUCACAAUGCAAAAUCGACGCACUUCAUGCUCUCUACCAUCUCUCGACCUGCCACUCCAACAUCCCUCGAUUGAUCUCAUCUGGUGUCAUCGAUUCCCUCCAGCCGUUUCUCGUCGACUCGGAUUCACAUUCGUGGACCGAAAAAGCCAUAGCCGUGUUAAUUAACUUAGCCGUAACAAAUUCUGGUCGAGAUGAGAUCAUUGAGGCUUCCGGUCUGGUUAGCGGGCUCUCGAUGCUGCUCGACAUCGGUGAACCCGAGGUCCAGGAGCAGGCGGCCGCCUGCCUGCUGAUUUUGUGCACCGGAAGCGAUAAGUGCUGCGAAAUGGUGCUGCAAGAAGGGGUGAUACCGUCUUUGGUAUCGAUAUCGGUUAAUGGGACAAUGAGAGGGAAACAGAAGGCUCAAAAACUGUUGAUGGUUUUCCGGGAGCAGCGGCAGAGGGAUCCAGUGGUGGUUCAGGGCGGCAUACAUCGCUGUGAGGGUGGCGGUGACGAUCGGAAAACGUUAAGCAAAUCAACAUCAAGGAGGAAGAUGGGGAGAGCUUGGAGUUUUUGGUGGAAGAACAAGAGUUUCUCAGUAUACCAGUGUUGAAUUCUUGAUUCUCAUGGUUUAAAAAAAUUGUAAAAAGAAAUUUU